UUAACCUGCUCAGUAUCAGAGACGUGCAUAGAGCGUCACCUAGCGUCUGACGUCAUGAACAACAACAACUAACCGGAAACGCGAAGGAAGGUGCAAAGUUUGUCCCUUCCGACUUCCGGUUGAACGCUGCUGUCAUGUCGUCCUCCUUCAUGUCUCUACACAGAUGUUGCCAGCGGUUGCCUCUCCUCAUGGUUGCCAGGCGACCGUGUAGCUCCAGCUCCGUGUCUCCCCCUCCUCUUCACACGAGGCUCCUCCUCUACCUCACCCAGCGUUUCUAUGAUAUAGAGUGGCUCGUGAACUGGGGGUCUAAGCUGAAGAAGAAGAGGAUUCAGAAGAAGAAUGCUUACUAUGGCUACACUCAGAAUUUCUACGGGUCAGACAUAGCAUCAGCGUAUUAUAUCUUGAGUCUGAAGGGAGGAUUUAGGUAUGUUGGCCAGUCAGAGUGGUUUCGUGCAGACCAGAGGGGCAAGUUCAGUUGGGAUUUCUUGGAACACAAAAACACACCACUAGAGGAAGUAAACAUGAGCUACACAGUCAUCAACUACAGAGGACUGGGGAACCUGGAGGAACAGAAAUCUUUGCGGACUCUGUCAUUACGAGGAUGUCCUGAAGUGGACGACUGGUUCCUGGCCAGGCUCCAUAUGCUCCAGGACUCUCUGGAGGAACUGGAUAUCUCUCACUGCCCACGCAUCACUACAGGCGGCCUGGCUGCUCUCAGGAAUCUCAAGGGACUGCGGCGUCUAGACAUGUCGUCCCUCCCUGGGAUUUCCAGUCCUGGGUUGGUCGUUAUCCUGCUGGAGGAGAUGUUACCACAGUGCCAGAUCACCGCUACUGGCUACGACCACAGCCUGAGGCAAGAGGGAGGAGAGGAGGAGGAGGAGGAGUACAAGCAAGGACAGAGGUAGGGAAUGGGCAGGGACGGGAAUCAAGAGACUGUUCAGAAAGAGAAAGAGUCCUCUGUGAGAGCUCUGCUGGCAGUUCACGGUGGUCUGAUGGAGCAAAGAGACGUGCAGAGGAAACAUCUUGCAGCAAUACAACCAUCACAGAUUGUUUUCAGUAUCGGACUAAACCAGUUUUGUUGAUCGCAGAGAAGAUCCACCAUAGCAAAUUUCCAACUGACACUCCACCCGUACGAACCACUGAAGAUAUCCAAUUAGAUAUAAGCAUGUAAAAAAGAAAAAAAUACAGCAAGUGUAGAACAAACAUGUACUACCUCAAGUUUGUUGGAUUCUUUGGCAGUCAUCCAUCUGCACAUUUGGGAUGUAAAUGUAUUCAAAAUCAUGUCUGUCUCAAGCAAAUAUGGCAAUUGUUUUAUUUGUUGAAAUGUAAAUAUGAUUGUAAAUGUACAGAAUAAAGAUUUUAUUGUGCAAUAACA